UUUCUCUCCCUCUUCUUCUUAAUUCUUCUUCUUCUUCUUCUUCUUUUUCUUCAAUGGAGAGGCUAGAGUUUGUGAGCAAAGAAGGAAGCAUGAUUAGAUCAUUGCCUCCGGGGUUCAGGUUCCAGCCAACAGAUGAAGAACUUGUGUUUCAAUAUUUGAAGCACAAGGUGUUUGGAUACCCCUUGCCUGCCUCUGUCAUUCCCCUCAUCGCUAAUCUUUCCAACUUUGAUCCUUGGGACUUGCCAGGCAAUUCGUCCCAAGAGAGGUACUUUUUCAGCAAGAAUGAAGCGAAAAAUGGGAAUCGAACGAAGAGAACUACAUGUUCGGGGUAUUGGAAGGCCACAGGCAUGCACAAACACAUACCAUAUCCAAGUGAUGAUGAGAUCAGCGGCAAUGGAAAAAUGAUGGGGAUGAAAAAAACCCUAGUUUUCUUCAAAGGGAAGUCCCCUCAUGGGUCAAGAACGAAUUGGGUCAUGCACGAGUAUUGCCUCACCUGUAUAGGAGAAGGAAACUCAUCAACCCAAAAACAAACGGAAGAUUGGGUAGUGUGCCGCAUUUUUUUGAAGAAAAUUAGAGCAACGAAAAGGGAAGAAGAAGAAGAAGAAAUUAGAAAGGAGGAGAGGAGGGAUGAUGUUGAAGGCAACAGUAACAGUAGUAGUACUGGUUUGGAAUUAGAUCUCUCUUGUCCUUUGUCACCAGCUUUCUCGUCUUCUGGUUCUAGCUGGAUCACUGGCUGAAUUUAUAUAUAUAUAUAUAUAUAUAUAUAUAUAUAUUAUAAUGUACGUAUGAAUGUGUGUAUGUAAUUUGGUGAGCAAUGCAUGAAAUUUACAAAACAUGCAAGAAGAUUUGUGGUGAUCAUGGGGAAAUUCAAUGAGAAAGAGUGUUAGAUUAAUUUGGGAAUUUU